AUGCUCAGUGAACCUGCUUCCCCAUACGCAUUUUGUAAAGAUUUGCAGAACCUAAUCAUUGUAACAGAAGAGCAAAUCAUUUCACCUUUGCGCAAAGAGUUAAAAAGAAGUGAUGAACAUUCCGAAAUUUUAUCACUUGAGAUACAAGACGCUGAGAAUAAAACUUUUGAAUAUUUAGCCCAGCAAAUUUCAGCUAUUUGUAAUGCUGAUGAAGAUACAGCUAAUGCCAUUCUGCGUGAAUAUCCAAAAUCGGAAGUUUGCUUUCGAUGUCUCGGUAUAAAUGAUGACACUAUACAGGGCCUUCUUCGUAUUCGUGGUAUUGGCUUUCUACAAUUGUUAGAUAUGCCUGACAGUGAAGUGAGAACAAUCUUACAAAAUUAUGGUGAUUAUGGUGAGGAAGUUGAUCAUGUACUUGCUGGUCUUGCAAAAAUACGCGGGAAUAUUGAUCUCAUUGAAAGUGACUUAGCAUUUGAAGAUGAUACCAGGAACUUAAUCAAAUUGGUGAUGCGUUUGUCUGACGAUGAUUCUCAAGUUGAAGAAGUAAACAAUAUCCUUAAUGCUCAAAUUUACGAAGAAAGAAAGGAUCCUCGUAUACCUCCCUUAUAUGUUACUGGCCCUGAAGAUUCUCCUUUUAUUAACAAGGAAAUGUCUGCACAAAACUCGUCUCAUAAAAAUACCAAAGUAGUUGUUUGCUCUCAUUUAGAGCACGAUACAUCCUGUGGAAAUCUUAUUAGCCAUUCCAAUUCCGAUAAUAUUAAUACAUUUAAAACUGGUUGUGAUGUCAACUACAAUGGCUGUAGUUCGUUUACUUCCCCACAUGCUUCCAGUUGUAUCACCAUAAAUAGUCCACAGAAUGUCACAAAUAAAUCUCAUUCCGGAAAAUUGUCCAAAACUGAUUUUAAGACAUUUAAUCUCUUCCCGGGUAUAUCUGAUUCGAAUAUUCCUUCAGAAGUUGAUCUACAUAAUGGCGGGCUUUCAGUACCUUCUACUCCCAUUUCUUAUAAAUUAUCCUCGACCAUUUUAACACCCUCAAAUCUUUUUAAAGCAGGCCGUCAUACACUACCAAAUGAAGUAAUCUCACUUUCUCCCGGUGGGCGUCGAGCAGGCAAUCAUUCGUCUCGAGAUCGCGAGCAUCGAACUCGUCAGGCAGGGACUCCGCCACCCAAACAUCGUUUAAGAUUUUCUUCUCCGCUUCAUCGUAGCAAGUCUCAUGAGUCUAAUCUUGCCAAUCGUAUUAUUUUACCUGCCCUCCCAAAUGUACCACAGUUCCACCAAGAAACAAACUCUUCCUGUUAUAUCAGUAGACCACAACUAUUUUUAUAUAAUCCGAUUUCCCCAGACGCCUCCAGUAAUUUACACAACGAUUAUUUCAAUUAUUCUGAGUGUAUAAAUGGCGGUCGACCGUGUAUAACUACUACUCAAUGUGGUGUAUGUAUUAGCAGCGAUGUUAUUUCAAAUGGGAAUAAAACAGUUUCAACAUUUUAUCAUACUUGUUCCAUUAGUGAUAGUACUUCCACACUUGUCACAAGUCCACGUACCUACGAUCAAGGUCGACGUGUGUCUUGUGAAUAUCGACCAUCAAAGACUAAUUUACAACCUUCAAUGACUACAUCUGCAGAUAGUGAUAAUUUAUUAGGUAUCCUUAAUGUUCCGACUAACUCAGGUGGGGCCACAUUUGUUCUCAGUGCAAGUGGAUUUAUGCACAAAUUCGAAUUAGAAUCUAAAUUUGGUGAUUUUGUUAAAGGUACUCCAUGCGCUGUUUGUAAUAAUCGAAUGCGAUUUCGUCUACAACAUUGUGCUUACUGCAAAAUCAAAGUACAUAAAAGUUGCGUUUCUCAUUCAAGACGACUUCCUUGCACAGGACCUUCCAGUGGACAAAACAAUGAAUUACACGAAUUUAAAGGUUCUCCAAAUAUGCCUCGUCAAUUGCAUACAAAUGUUUUAACAACUAGUCAAACAAAUCUUCGUCCUGCCCAUUCUACUCCAGCAUUUCAAAGUUCUGAUUCAAACAGUGCUUCGUCAUGUACAAGUUCUACACCAGGUUCACCAUUUGUCACCGGUGCAUCAUUGAUUAGUACAACGUUAGCUGCAUCAUGUUGUACUCGUUUAGACAGUGGUUAUGUUGGUGUUGGUAGUAAUAGUAGUAGUACUACUGGUCAAAUGAUUUCAUUAUCUUCUCCUCCAUUACGAAAUUUAAGCAACAGUGGUGGUUGUAUGUUUAAUCCUUCUAAUCCAAGUCAUUUAUCUUCGCCAGUUAGUAUACAUUCUUACGGAACAGUUAAUGCUGGAAUUGUAACUAAUACACAACAACAACAACAACAACAACCUCAUUCUCCUCGACAUUUCGGCCAAUGUUUUAAUCAUUUUGAAUUUCCAAGUGUCAGUCAUCCAAUCAUAGAUAAUCAGUUAGUAGACGGGAAUUUCAAUAAUAAUGUGAAUAAUAAUAGUCCUUUAAUUAGUACUGUGUCGUCUGGAGAAAGUGAACGAACUGUUGUUGACAAUGCAGUACACCGGUUUGAAUCAAUGGAUAGUCAAGAUGAAUCAUCUUUAAUGAGAACGAAUAGUAUAUCGGUUACACUAAAAGAAUGGGAUAUACCAAUGGAAAAUUUAUUUAUUGGUGAAAUAAUUGGACGUGGUACAUUUGGUACAGUAUAUCGUGGUAAAUGGCACGGUGAAGUAGCUAUUAAACGUAUAGAUUUCGAUCCAGAAGAUGUUGAUGAUUCAAUACGUGUUGAAGCGUUUAAACGUGAAGUUGCAUUGCUACAUAAAACACGCCAUGAGAACUUAGUACUAUUUAUGGGUGCUUGUAUGAAAGCACCUGAUUUAGCUAUUGUUACACAACUUAGUCGAGGUGAAACAUUGUAUCAUUUAAUUCAUGAUCGUGAUAAUAUUAUGCCAAUUAAUCGUACAAUAAGUAUAGCUAGUCAAAUAGCUAAAGGGAUGGAAGAUAAUUCACGUGUUGUCAUUGGUGAUUUUGGUGUAUUCAAUUUUGUACAUCUUUGUAAAAGAGCUAAAUGGGGCAAUUAUUUGAAUGUUCCACCAUUUUGGUUAUGCUAUAUUGCACCGGAAAUUAUUCAUGCACUUAAUAUUGGAUAUGUACUGGCUACUACAACUAAUGAACUACCAUUAACUACAUCUUCUGAUGUUUUUGCUUUUGGCACUGUAUGGUAUGAACUAUUAACUAAUGAAUACCCUUUCAAAGGAUUACCUGCUGAGGCUGUCACCUACUUAGUUGGACAUGGUGUAAAACCGAAUUUACGAAUUCAAUGUCCUAAAGAUUUUAAGGAAAUCCUUGUUCAAUGUUGGGCAUACAGUCCAUGUAAACGACCAGAAUUUACAACUUUAGUUAAAUUAUUAGAUCGUCUACCAAAAUUACAUCGUAGUCCAUCUUAUCCAGCUAAACCAUAUACUGGUGUAGCAUCUGGUUCACAUGGUAGUCUUCUAGCUUAA